UACAGCUCCACAACCCGGAAGCUGCACAGAAAAUAUGUCAUGCCCCCUUUCCAACAGUUCCCUAUGGGAGUGUCGCCACUCUGUUCUCUCUACCGCUCUGGAUAAAUGUAAAUGUAAAACGCCAGUAGUGAAUAGGGAGCAGGGUGGUAUUUGGAACAGAUCCACUGCUGGUUCCGGGUGUGUAUGAAGGCGUAACAGGGCUGUAGAAGGUCAGUGUGAGCAGCACAGUGCAUAUAAAGUGAAGCAGAGACACUUGUUGGUUGUUGUACAGAAUGGAUGCUGAAUGGAAGCCUGUGGUGCCUGUGGUGCUGACAGUGCUGUGCGGUGCCAGUGUGGGUGUGCUGGCACUCAGAUGGAUGGUAAAGAAUGAGAAGCUUAAGAAGAAAUUAGAGAAAUCGAGAGAGAAGAGACAGAAGGAACUAGAGCAGGCUGAACGAGCUGUCCGCACCUACAAAUCACAGAAUCCUGGUGUGGAUUUGAGCUCUAUUGUGGAUCUGUCAUUGGCAGAACUGAGGCGACGUAUACAAGCUGGAUCGCUGGAGCCUGACGCUGUCCUCCAUGCCUACAUGGACAAGGCUCUGGAGGUGAACAGGAAACUGAACUGUUGUACCGCGUUUCUCACCGAGUGUUUGUACCAGCUGGAGAACAUUGAUUCACACAAAGACGGCCUUCUGUACGGCAUUCCCAUCAGCAUCAAGGAGAACAUUGAUUAUCAGGGAUAUGACUCUACCUGCGGUGUUUUAUCAAAGCUGGAUGCCCCUGCCGCGAUGGACAGCGUGGUGGUGACCGUACUGAAGAGACAGGGCGCGAUCCCCUUUAUUAAAACCAACGUCCCACAGGGUCUCCUCAAUUAUGAAUGCAGCAACCCAAUCUACGGUACAACAUUAAACCCCUGUAACCUGGAGAAGACUUGUGGAGGUUCCUCAGGAGGUGAAGGUGCUCUGAUCGGAGGAGGUGGCUCCAUUCUGGGUUUGGGAACCGACAUUGGUGGAAGCAUUCGCAUCCCGGCGUCCUUCUGUGGCAUCUGUGGCUUUAAACCUACAAACAACAGGAUAAGCUUGCGUGGAAUUACCUCGUGUGUUAAAGGUAUAAAGUCAGUUCUUUCGUCUAUUGGUCCGAUUGCAAGAGAUGUGGAGAGUCUGGCUCUGUGUAUGAGAGCUUUACUGACCGAUGACAUGUUCUCUCUGGACUCUACAGUUCCUCCAAUACCGUUCAACCAACAGAUCUACGAGAGCUCGAAGAGGCUGAGGAUUGGUUACUGUGAGAACGAUGGAUACCUGAUGCCAUCUCCUAGCAUGAGCAGAGCUCUACUAGAAACCAAGGAACUUCUGGAACGAGCGGGGCACACGCUGAUUCCGUUCACACCGCCGCGUGUGCUUAAUGCUAUGAAUGAGUAUAUGUUGAAGGGAAGUCUAGCAGAUGGAGGUGCUACACUUCUCAGUUACUUUAAGAACGGUCCUGUUGAUCCGAGUUUACGGCAUCAGUACUUACUGUGUGCAUCUCCACUUCUACAGAGGAAGUUCAUGUCACUUCUGCUCAGACCCAUCUAUCCACGUAUGUCCUCAGCUGCAUGGGCGACCUGCGGAGUCAGCUCUGUUGGAGAUCUGUGGAAACAGCACAAAGAUGUUGAGGAUUAUACCAGUGAGAUGAUAGCUGAAUGGAAGAAGCUGGAACUGGACGUGCUGCUCUACCCCAUGCUGGGACCAGCUUACAACCACAACUACACUGGAAAACUUAAUAGUGCUCUGAGUUGUACAGCUCUGUACAAUGUGCUGAACUUUCCAGUGGGAUCCGUCCCUGUGACUGAGGUCACAGUCGAGGAUGAAGAACAGCUCGAUCACUACAAAGGAAACUUCGGAGACAUCUGGGACAAAGUCUUCGUCAAGGCAGUGCGUGGUGGUGUAGGUUUACCAGUAGCGGUGCAGUGUGUAGCUCUACCAUGGAGGGAUGAGAUGUGUUUACGCUUCAUGAGAGAAGUGGAGGAGCUCUGUGCCAAGAGCAAACUCUCCAACACACACCAAUAAAAAGCAUGCACACACACACACACUUGAUCUGCACUGUACUGUAUGGAUGGGGGGAAAAAUAUUUUUUAAAUAAUCUCAUUAAUGCAACGAUCCUUAUAGUCAAAUGUGUGAGUAUUUGUUAGGUUUGAGGCUGAUCCUUCCUCUGGUUGAAAUGAUAUUGCAAGUAACUAAUGCAACUCCAAGUGUUCAUUAAUGAUUAGAAAAUGUGUCUACUAUGUUAUCAAUAUUUAGCAAAAUAGUGACAAAGUGCAAAUUAAUCAAACUAAUUACUGUAACGUGUGAUUUAGGACACAGCGUAUCUUUCAGCAUGCAAACUGCGGCUUAUAUCGACGUAUCCACUGUAUUACAGUUUUGAUAAACUUCAUGGUGCACAUGAAGACACUGUACUGAAGAAAAUUAGCAAACACACUCCUUCAACAAGAGUUCUUUGCAGCAGCAAUGUGAGACGAGUUUUCCACCACUUUUAUAUCCCGCUCACAUUUGCACACAUUUUGAUUUUGGACUCAUGACUGGACUCAUAAUAAUCAUUACUGGCAUACACACAAUACAUAAGAAAAAUGGAUCUUUGUGGUGAUAAUUAAGCUAGUCAUGUUUAAAGAACUGAUCAUCUGAUGCCAAGAACAACCCCAGAGUGAAAUACAGUAGGGGGGUUUGAGAGAAAUGUGAACAUUUACAUUUCAUCCAAAUUAUGUUUGAGCAAUUGAGGGUUCAACAGGUCCAGCUUGGCAGUAAUGAGGCUUGAACCUGCAGCCUUCUGAUUACUAGUCCAGUACCAUAGCAACUGAGCUACCACUGUCCUAGAACUACCAGUAAUAUCUAAAAGUCUAAACAUGAAGCCUAAAUAAUCUGGUUUCUGAGAAUGAAGGUAACAGUGCUUGGAUGACCAAUCCAAUCCUCUAUACUCAAUCUUAUUGAAGAUCUGGACAGGAAUUUAACACAGCAAGACCACAUGAGAGCUACCUCAAUAAUCUUGGGAAGCUAAGAGGAAUGGGUACGAAUGUGGACAUAUCUGAGGGAGUGCAGCUUCGGCUUUCCUCAGUCAAGAGUUAGGGUGGCGGUAGUGACAGAAGAGAGUGAAUAGGGUCAAGGGUUUUGGAAGGGUCCAACAGUGGCAACUUGGCGGUGGUGAGGCUUGAACCUAUAUACUGGGACAAAUGGAGGAAUCCAGCGACCAUUAAAAUAAAUCUGGAUGUUUUGACCAGAUGACAAGUCCUGAUUUCUAAAAAUGAAGGUAACAAUGCUUGGAUGGCCAAGCCAAUCUUCUAAACCCAAUCCUAUUGAAAAUCUAGACAGGUUUUCAAUAUAGCAAGAACAUACUCAAGAACAAGAGGGACCUUCAUAACCUUGGAAAGCAAAGAGGAAUGGGUACGAAUGCGCACAUGUCGGAGAGGGGUGUGCAGCUUUAGCUUUUCUCAUUCGAGAGUGGGUGGCGGUAGUGACGGGUGAGAGUGAAUAGGGUGAAAAUGACUUUUUAGAGUUUGUCUGUGGGAAUUUGGUUUGUAAUUAAUGUUUCAAUUUAUCUCAAACAUGUUAAGUAGGUUUGAGGUCAGAGCUUUGUGUAGGUGGUGACGUUUCCUCCUGACCAAAACGGCCUCUUUGUGCAUAAUGGUACAGACAUGCUAGAAUAGGAGCAGAAACUUACAGAUUUACCUGUUAUAAUGCAACAAAUACCUGAAUAUUAAUGCAAUGAUUGAAUGUAAUAGGACCUUUCCACCUCUCUAAAAUCACCUAUAUAUUAAAUUAUAAUAAAGUUCUAAUCAUUCAUAUGAA